GGCCACUAUAAAAAUUAACUGACGAGACUGCGCAAGUUCUCGAGCUUGAAACCUCCUUUACGCUUCGCCUUGGAGCCCAUUCUUCAUCUGCCCUCCUCUCUAACCUAUCGCUCGUUCUCCUCCGUCUUAACUAAAGAGAUGGGGCUGUCUUUCACCAAACUGUUUAGUCGACUCUUUGCGAAGAAAGAGAUGCGUAUUCUCAUGGUAGGUCUUGACGCUGCUGGUAAGACCACCAUCUUGUACAAGCUCAAGCUGGGAGAGAUCGUGACUACCAUUCCUACAAUCGGAUUUAAUGUGGAGACUGUGGAAUACAAAAAUAUUAGCUUCACGGUCUGGGAUGUAGGGGGCCAAGACAAGAUUCGUCCUCUAUGGAGACACUACUUCCAAAAUACCCAGGGGCUUAUCUUUGUGGUUGAUAGCAACGAUCGUGAUCGUGUUGUUGAGGCUAGAGAUGAGCUCCACCGGAUGUUGAAUGAGGAUGAGUUGAGAGAUGCGGUGCUGCUUGUAUUUGCCAACAAGCAAGAUCUUCCAAACGCCAUGAAUGCCGCAGAAAUCACGGAUAAACUCGGUCUUCAUUCUCUCCGUCAACGCCACUGGUAUAUCCAAAGCACAUGUGCCACUUCUGGGGAAGGACUCUACGAGGGAUUGGAUUGGCUUUCCAACAACAUAGCCAACAAGGCUUGAAAACAAAUCAUUUGAGGAACGCUGCAAUGCAAUCUUGUUUCGAAGUGGGUUUGAGUUUGGAUUACUACUACGCUCAUUGGGUUUUUUGGUGGCCCUGCUUUGUUACUGCUUACAUUUUUUUUUAAUUUAGAAGAAUUUUAUUAUAUGAUAGCAAUCGCUUGUUGUUGAUGUAGAUUUUGAAUAAUUAUGAAUGAGACAUUAUGCAUGCCAUGAACAUAAUUGGACACAGGUGAAUUAUCACUGCAAUGUUGGUUCUA